AGGCGCGGAAAUGUCGGCCGCCGUAGAGCGGCGGCUGGCACUCUUCCGCGCCGCCCGCCGCAUCCCCGCCGUCUCGCCGCGCCCCGCCGAGUCUCCAGGAAAGGCCGCGGCUCCGGAGACCGCCGAGGGAGAGCGGGCCGCGGGCCCGGCAGCGGGCCCGGCCUCCGGCAGCGCCGAGGCCCGUCCCGGCGGGGCGGCGGCGGCUCCGGUGUGGGCGCGCCCGCUGCUGCUGAAGGUGCUGUUGUGGGCCGUGCUGCUGGCCCUGUUCGCGGAGCUGGAGCUGGGGCUGCCCUACUUCGUCCUCUCCCUGCUGUACUGGAUGUACGCCGGCACCCGCGGCCCCGCCGAGCGGCGGCGGGGCGAGCUGAGCGCCUACUCUGUCUUCAACCCCGGCUGCGCCGCCAUCGCCGGGACGCUGACGGCCGAGCAGCUGGAGCGGGAGCUGUAUUACCGGCCCGCCGCGGGGAGGUAGCGACCGGCCCGGCGGGGGCGGCCCCCGCCACCUCCUCCGCUCCUCCGCCCCACGGACCCGAGGAGGGACUGAGGGAGGAGGAGGAAGAGAAGGGGGUUAUUUCUAUGCAAAACGCCACUUGCGCCUUACUCCUGGCCCGGUUUCCCCGGGCACGGUCCAGUCCCGAAUAAAGCUGUAGCAAAGCGAGUGCUGUGGUAUCCUUUCCUGGGGGGCCGGGCAGCAAAGCCACGGCAGCUGGGCAAUAAACCCACGGGCAGCUGUUUUCACUGCUCUUGCAGCAGCACCGAAAGGCACACAGCCUUUCCACAGAUGUAGCUGUCGACUUGUCAGCUGUUGAAUUUCAGCCCCUGCUGGCCUUUGUCACUGGUAAGAGGAAGGCCGGUGUUUGACAACACCUUUAGUAGAAUAGCCAGCUGCUUUUCCUCUCAUCACUGGCUAGCAUCCUUUUUCUGAAGAAAAGACAUAAAGAGCUAUCUGCAUUCCUGAAAUAGAAUCAUAGCAUGGUUCAGGUUGGAAGGGACCUUAAAGAUCACCUAGUUCCAACCCCCUGCCAUGGGCAGGGACACCUCCCACUAGAUCAGGUUGCUCAAAGCCCCAUCCAGCCUGGUCUCGAAAGAGGCUGCUGCUGCUGUUUGCACUUGUGUGUUUCAUCUAACACAGACCUCUGAUUUCGGUGGAAGUUCCCCGUUCACUUCUUAUUCCAUCUUUUAUAGUUUGCAGUGCGAGCAGAAGAUAUUUAUUAUUAUUCCUGGCAGGUAAUAGAUGGUUUUCUUUAAUCAUAAUUUUGAAAAAAAUUAGGGUGAGUGUGCAGCAGACGUGGAAAUACAAGAGGCCUUCAGGCAGAAGGGGAUUUGCCCUGUCAUUGGAUUCAGUCCUUUUAGCACAGCACAGCUGAUGACGCUACUCGCCAUCAUCCCACAGACUGUCAGGUGUACUUCUUGUGUGAUCCACUGGUAUUUUUAAUAUAUAUAUCAUUGCAUUAAAACAAAUUAUUAAGUCAUAGUGAAGAACAGCUGGCAGAGCUUAUGCCUAUGAAGACUGAGCUGAGACGAAAAGUCACACAUUGAUCUUUCAAAUCCUGUUUCAUUAUGCCUUUUCUAAUUUAAGUUCCACGCUGUUCAGACUUGACUUAACCACAUGUUCCAUCGUUGGUUGGGGAAACAAAAAGUGUCCUUUGGACUAGAAAGAGAAUAGUAGAUUAAAGCACAAAUAAUAUGUUUAAUACUGCUAAGCAUCUCCCAGUAGCUCUCCACAGUGCUUUUUUAGCUUCUAUUAUUGGUCUCUUGUGUAAACUCCAAAUGCUAUUUAAAGAGUUUUUGGAUUUGCACAUAUUCCACCGUCCUCUGGUAAAAACCUGUCAGAGUUCUCACUAUUCUUACUGAUUUCUUCUGACUCACUCACACAAACGCUGCAUUGGUUUUGCUUAACAUAGCCUCUGCAGGUUCAAAGGCCUUUUUGUAGUAGGCAUAGAGUUGCAAAUAUAAAGCUUUGUUUCUUGGGAGAACUAUGAACUGCAAGUCUUUCCAUUCUUAGAAAGUUUUCUUCUAAUUACAGAAUAAGAAGUAGUCAGGUCAUACUUAAAGUAAAUAGACCAGUAAGUGGCAGAACUUUGUGAGUGAAACUUUAUUCACAAGGAUAAAAAUAAACAUAACUGUAACGUUUAUGGGGAGUUGACAAUCUGACAUCUUGUACAGUUAGAUUCUUUGGGUGUUCUUUAAAACAAGGAAAUACAUGCAAAUAAAUAUUAAAUAUAAGGGAACAUCCAUGAAAUUACAAAACUUUAUAGCAGCAAUGCUGGAAAUGAAGUUUUCAGUUGUUACAUUAUGUCCGUGUGAAUUUAUAGACUCUUCUAGUUAAUGCUUCAUGAAACAAUUUACCACAAUGAGUAAGCAUGACGUUGAAAGGCACAAGACAUAAAAA